AUGUCAUCUGACGAAAGAUCCAUUCAGACGGAUGUGAAGACGAAUGCCCAACAUCUUGAGCAGGAUGUCGAUGUGGCUAAGGUCGUCCACGCCGACGGCACCGUCGAUUAUAUCGACGCCCGUGCAGUGGGAGGAGAUUUUGAGGAGAUGCCUAAGGGCUACUUUUACAGCCCACAGUUCAUCGGCACAGUCGCUAACAUUGAGAUGUUGAUCGGAGCAAACAUUUGCAAUGGUAUCGCCGCUGCGGGUCAGCUUUCAUUCGGCAUCGUUCUUGGCGAGCUUGUCCCGAACAAGUACAGAGGUCCGAUUAUCUCGCUCGUUUUCUUCUCCUCGAUGCCUUUCGCCGUGUUCGGACCUGUUAUUGCGAGAUCGUUCAUCGACAACACCGCCUCACGCUGGAGAUGGAGCUAUUUCAUUGGAGAUAUUCUGAGUGCCAUCACCCUGGUUCUGUACUUCUUCUUCUACCACCCACCUAAGUACAACCAGCUUCACGUUUCUGGCAAGACCCAGUGGCAGCAGUUCAAGGAGAUGGACUUCGUCGGCAUCUUCCUCUUCAUUUCUGGCUGCGUGCUCUUCUUGAUUGGGCUUUCAUGGGGUGGUGUCACUUAUCCAUGGGCUAGUGCUCAGACACUGUGCACUUUAUUGAUUGGAGUCGGCACGCUGGCUGCUUUCGGCAUCUACGAGGGAUUCUUCUGCAAGAAACAGCCCUUGAUGCCCCCUCGUCUGUUCAGGAACGUCGGUUUCGUGGCUAUCGUCUUCAUCGCUUCUGUCGGCUCCAUGGUCUAUUACAGCUUGACCGUGCUGUGGCCAACUAUCAUCACAACCGUCUAUACCACUGAUUCCAUCAAGGUCGGCUUGCAAAGCUCUGUUGUCGGCGGUGGCGUCUUGCUCGGUCAGCUCAUGGGUGGUAUUUUCCUUUCGUAUGUGCCAAAAGUGAAGUAUCAGUGCAUCAUCGUAUCUUGCAUGGUCAUCGCUUUCAUCACGCCAAUCUCUACCCUGGGUCCAGACACACACUCCAUGGUCAUUGCCCUGGGUGUUUUGGCCUGCACCUGUGUCGGCUUCAUUGAGAACAUCUCAUACCCAGCUGUCACCCUUGUCUGGGAGCCGCAAGACAUUGGACUUGCUAGCGGUACUCUCGGAUCCAUCCGCGCCCUCGCAGGUGCCAUUGCGCAGUGCCUCUACGUCGCCGUUCUGAACAACAAGCUCCAGGAUAACAUGCCGAAGUACGUAGUUCCGGCAGCCACCGACGCCGGCCUGCCAUCGUCAUCGAUCACCGCGCUCUUUUCCGCCAUUACGGCCGGCGACUUCUCAACUGUUCCAGGCAUCACCCCCGAAAUCAUCGAAGCAGUGACAUACUCGCUCAAGAUCGCUUACUCGCAGAGCUUUAAGAUUGUGUUCUACUGCACGAUCCCCUUCUCGGUUAUCUUGUUGAUCAGCUCGUGCUUUGUACCGAACAUGGAGCAGUUCUUGAGCACAAAUGUUGCGAAGAGGUUGCAGGGCAUGUCGAGGAAGCCAGCUGCGGCGGCAGCGCAGGAUGUGGAGAUGCAGAAGACAGAAAGAGCGGCCUAA